AUGGGAGCGGGGGAGUUCAAUGUGUGGAUGAUUUUAGCAGUCAGCCUGAUACACGUGUCCUUGCAAGGAGAGUACCAGAGAAAGCUCUACAAGGAAUUACUGAAGAAUUAUAAUCCUCUGGAGAGACCAGUAGCCAAUGACUCCCAUCCUCUCACUGUCUACUUUGGAAUUAAUCUGAUGCAGAUCAUGGAUGUUGAUGAGAAAAACCAAGUUUUAACAACAAAUAUAUGGCUGCAAAUGUAUUGGACAGAUUACUAUUUACAAUGGAAUGUGUCUGAAUACCCUGGAGUGAAAAAUGUUCGUUUCCCAGAUGGACAAAUUUGGAAGCCAGAUAUCCUUCUAUAUAACAGUGCAGAUGAAAGAUUUGAUGCUUCAUUUCACACUAAUGUACUGGUGAACUCCUCUGGUCAUUGUCAGUAUUUACCACCAGGGAUAUUCAAGAGCACGUGCUACAUAGAUGUUCGUUGGUUUCCUUUUGAUAUUCAGAAGUGCAAACUAAAGUUUGGCUCUUGGACUUAUGGAGGAUGGUCUUUGGAUCUACAAUUAAAAGAAGCAGACAUAUCUGAGUAUAUUGCAAAUGGAGAGUGGGACCUAGUAGGAGUCCCUGUGAAGCGGAGUGAAAGUUUUUAUAACUGCUGUAAAGAGCCCUAUCCAGAUGUGACAUUUACUAUUACAAUGAGACGCAGAACUCUCUACUAUGGGCUGAACCUCCUCAUUCCCUGCGUUUUGAUAUCUGCACUUGCCUUGCUAGUGUUUCUGUUACCUGCAGACUCAGGAGAAAAGAUCUCACUUGGUAUAACUGUGUUGUUGUCACUUACUGUAUUUAUGUUACUGGUAGCAGAAAUAAUGCCUGCCACAUCAGAUUCUGUCCCAUUAAUAGCCCAAUACUUUGCCAGUACAAUGAUCAUUGUGGGUCUCUCGGUAGUUGCAACAGUUAUUGUUUUGCAAUAUCAUCACCAUGACCCUCAUGGAGGUAAAAUGCCAAAAUGGACGAGAAUCAUUCUUCUAAACUGGUGUGCCUGGUUCCUGAGAAUGAAGAGGCCUGGAGAAGACAAGGUCAGACCUGUUUGUCAACACAUUAAUAAGCAGCAACAGCAGCAACACCAACAGCAACGUUGCAGCAUGACCAGUGUGGAAGUUAAUACUGUUAGUGGUCAGCAGUCCAGCAAUGGGAACAUGCUUUAUAUUGGUUUUCGAGGUUUAGAAGGAAUCCAUUGUACACCUACUACAGAUUCUGGAGUAAUAUGCGGCAGAAUGGCCUGUUCACCAACCCAUGAUGAAAAUCUAAUUCACCACACACGCCACGCUGAAGGUGAUCAUGACUUAGCCAAGAUUUUAGAAGAACUGCGUUUUAUCGCCAAUAGGUUUAGAGACCAGGAUGAAGAUGAAAUCAUAUGUAAUGAAUGGAAGUUUGCUGCCUCUGUGGUGGACCGGUUGUGUUUAAUGGCAUUUUCUGUCUUUACCAUCAUUUGUACUAUUGGCAUAUUAAUGUCAGCUCCCAAUUUUGUAGAAGCAGUGUCUAAAGAUUUUGCUUAGCUUCCAAUUGAUAUCUUUUUAAAGGUGUCUUCUCCACCUAAGUGGACUUUUUCUAUUGAAACAAGUGCUGAAAUUAAUAUCUUGUGCUCA